GAAUAAUUUCAGGGAUGAGAAUUAAUAUAAAAACUUUGAGUUAUCGUUAUGUGACAACUAUUAAAAAAAGUUAAAAUGAUUUUGAAUAAAUAUUAAAAGGAUAGAAAAGUAUGUAAAUAUAAUAGUAAGAUUAUGGAAUUAGAGAGAUGAAAAAGAACUAUUUAAAAAUGAGAGUAUUUAUUGAAAGAUGUAAACAAAAAGUGAGGGAUAGUGGGAUUGAAUAAAAUUGAAAGGAAUAAAAUAAUUAUAAAUAUUGGUGUA